GCCACUGCAAUUCCAGACUCACCAUUAAUUCAAUUCAUGUAUUCUCAAAAGAAGCAAAGAAGGAAGUGCAGAAAAAACUAAAAAAAGUUUCCUCUCAGUUUCUUGUUUUCUUCAUCUUUUUCUCUUUCUGUAGUCUAUACAGAAAAAGAAACCAAUAGUAAAGUAAAGAAGGGCAUUGGUUUGAGGACCAGAGGGCGGUUCACGGGUUUUGCAGAGGAAAUGUGGAGCAUGUUGAGAGGCAGCUUGGUUAUGUUUAUACUAAUAUUUUCAUGGGUUUCUCAUGGGUCAGCUUCUGUGACUUAUGACAAGAGAUCUUUUAUCAUUAACGGGCAGAGGAAAAUUCUUAUUUCUGGGUCUAUUCACUACCCAAGAAGCACUCCUGAGAUGUGGCCAGACCUGAUACAGAAGGCCAAAGAUGGAGGCUUGGAUGUUAUACAGACUUAUGUGUUUUGGAAUGGGCAUGAGCCGUCUCGUGGAAAGUAUUAUUUUGAGGGGCGGUAUGAUCUGGUUCGCUUCAUCAAAGUAGUGCAAGCAGCAGGCCUUUAUGUUCAUCUCCGGAUUGGCCCCUAUAUCUGUGCUGAAUGGAAUUUUGGGGGAUUUCCUGUUUGGUUGAAGUAUGUUCCAGGCAUAGCUUUUAGAACAGACAAUGGGCCUUUCAAGGUGGCAAUGCAAGGAUUUACGCAGAAGAUUGUCGAUAUGAUGAAAUCAGAAAAGCUCUUUCAACCUCAAGGAGGUCCCAUAAUUAUGUCCCAGAUAGAGAAUGAAUAUGGGCCAGUGGAGUAUGAAAUUGGUGCUCCUGGUAAAGCUUAUACGAAAUGGGCAGCAGAAAUGGCUGUGCAACUUGGCACUGGAGUUCCAUGGGUUAUGUGCAAGCAAGAAGAUGCCCCAGAUCCCGUUAUAGAUGCUUGCAAUGGUUUCUACUGUGAAAAUUUCUUUCCUAACAAGGAUUAUAAGCCCAAAAUGUUUACUGAAGCUUGGACUGGCUGGUAUACAGAGUUUGGUGGUGCAAUACCUAAUAGGCCUGCAGAAGACUUGGCAUAUUCGGUUGCCAGGUUUAUUCAGAACCGUGGUUCUUUCAUUAAUUAUUACAUGUACCAUGGAGGAACAAAUUUUGGCCGGACAGCAGGUGGUCCCUUCAUUUCCACCAGCUAUGAUUAUGAUGCUCCUCUUGAUGAAUACGGACUACCAAGCGAACCAAAAUGGGGACAUUUGAGAGAUUUGCAUAAAGCUAUUAAGCUAUGUGAACCAGCUUUAGUUUCAGCAGAUCCCACGGUGACAUAUCUUGGGACAAAUUUAGAGGCUCAUGUGUAUAAGGCAAAGUCUGGAGCUUGUGCUGCAUUCCUUGCAAAUUAUGAUCCGAAAUCUUCUGCAAAAGUGACCUUUGGAAAUACGCAAUAUGACCUGCCUCCUUGGUCUGUCAGUAUACUCCCUGACUGCAAGAAUGUAGUUUUCAACACUGCAAGGAUUGGUGCCCAAAGCUCGCAGAUGAAGAUGAACCCUGUGAGUACAUUUUCUUGGCAGUCAUACAAUGAAGAAACUGCCUCUGCUUAUACUGAGGAUACAACUACCAUGGAUGGAUUAUUGGAGCAAAUAAAUAUCACCAGAGAUGCCACAGACUAUUUGUGGUACAUGACAGAGGUCCAUAUAAAGCCUGAUGAAGGAUUUCUAAAGACUGGACAAUAUCCUGUUCUCACCGUUAUGUCUGCAGGCCAUGCUUUGCAUGUUUUCAUCAAUGGUCAACUAUCAGGAACUGUGUAUGGGGAACUAUCAAAUCCAAAAGUAACUUUUAGUGACAAUGUAAAGCUGACGGUUGGCACUAACAAGAUUUCUUUAUUAAGUGUUGCUAUGGGUCUCCCGAAUGUUGGCCUGCAUUUUGAGACGUGGAAUGCUGGGGUCCUUGGUCCAGUCACAUUAAAGGGUCUGAACGAGGGGACAGUAGACAUGUCAUCAUGGAAAUGGUCUUACAAGAUUGGUUUAAAAGGUGAGGCUCUAAACCUUCAGGCCAUCACUGGAAGUUCCUCUGAUGAGUGGGUUGAAGGAUCAUUAUUGGCUCAAAAGCAGCCCCUCACUUGGUAUAAGACUACUUUUAAUGCACCAGGAGGGAAUGAUCCAUUAGCUUUGGACAUGAGUAGCAUGGGGAAAGGUCAAAUAUGGAUCAAUGGUGAAAGCAUUGGUCGCCACUGGCCUGCAUAUACAGCACAUGGUAACUGCAAUGGCUGUAAUUAUGCUGGUAUUUUUAAUGACAAGAAAUGCCAAACUGGUUGUGGAGGGCCCUCUCAAAGAUGGUAUCAUGUUCCCCGGUCUUGGCUGAAACCAAGCGGAAAUCAAUUGAUUGUGUUUGAAGAAUUGGGCGGCAACCCAGCAGGGAUUACCCUGGUAAAAAGAACAAUGGAUAGAGUCUGUGCAGAUAUUUUUGAAGGGCAGCCAUCUCUGAAGAAUUCACAAAUUAUAGGCUCCAGCAAAGUUAAUAGUCUGCAGUCCAAAGCUCAUUUGUGGUGUGCACCUGGUCUGAAAAUCUCUAAAAUACAGUUUGCUAGCUUUGGGGUGCCACAAGGGACAUGUGGAAGCUUCCGGGAGGGAAGUUGUCAUGCCCACAAAUCAUAUGAUGCUCUUCAAAGGAACUGCAUUGGGAAGCAAUCUUGUUCAGUAUCUGUAGCUCCUGAAGUUUUUGGAGGAGAUCCAUGCCCAGGUAGCAUGAAGAAACUCUCUGUGGAGGCGCUCUGCAGCUGAAGUCCAGCAACAUUCAUACAACCCAAUAAAUAAAAUCUCAUAUCAAAUCUCAUCUAAUACAUGGCAUUUCCUUACAGCUUUCAGAUUUUUGUUUUCCCCUUGUGCGUGUUUUUUUGGGUAAUUCAAAGGUUACACAUACCAGCUUACUAAGGCCAGAGGGUAGAAAUUGUACAAUCAUAGGGCACACCAUUUGGCCGAAGCCAAAUAUAUAUAGAUCAUGAAGAUGAAGGCAAAGAGCUUCAUCUAUGUAAACAAAACUACUAGAAGUUAUUCAUCUAUACACAAAGGUUUCAGUCCUUAGAAGUUCAUAAGGGAAAAGCCUUAUAGAUUUCUGGGGUGUCAAUAUUCUUACGUAAUGUAAUUACUAGAUGAAAGUUGUUUCAUUGCCUUGUAAGAAUAAAUUGAAGAAGCAAUAAAUUAUGGGAUUUUAGAAUGUA